AUGCCGCUGGCCCGCAGCGUCUCCGUCAGUUCCCUGCCGGGCCUGGAGGACUGGGGGGGUCCCGGCGCCCCCGACAACGUGGUGCUCUUCGAGGUGGCCUGGGAGGUGGCCAACAAGGGUGAGACCCCCAAAAAACACAAACACCCCCAAAAAAAUGGCCUAAAAACUGUGCACUUUGGGCGCUGGCUGAUCGAGGGCAGCCCGGCCGUGGUGCUGCUGGACGUGGGCGCCACGGCCUGGAGCCUGGAGCGCUGGAAGGGCGAGCUCUGGGAGAGCUGCUGGUGGGGUCCCCGGCUGGGCUGUGGUGGCACCAGGUGUGGCGGGGACACCUGGGGCGCGGUGUGCCGGGCUCAGGUGCCACCGCGGUGCCACCUGGUGCCACCUGGUGACACCUGGGGACAGUUUGCGGCGCAGAGCGAGGAGCGGCCGUUCAUCGUGGGCCACUUCCACGAGUGGCUGGCGGGGCUGGGGCUGGUGCUGAGCCGCGCCCGGCGCCUGCCCGUGGCCACCAUCUUCACCACGCACGCCACGCUGCUGGGCCGCUACCUGUGCGCCGGGAGCGUGGACUUCUACAACAACCUGCACAGCUUUGACGUGGACAAGGAGGCCGGGGAGCGGCAGAUCUACCACCGGUACUGCCUGGAGCGCGCGGCCGCGCACUGCGCCCACGUGCUGACCACCGUGUCCCACGUCACCGCCGCCGAGGCCGAGCACCUGCUCAAGCGCAAGCCAGACCUGGUGACCCCCAACGGGCUGAACGUGCGCAAGUUCUCGGCCAUGCACGAGUUCCAGAACCUGCACGCCCAGAGCAAGGCCCGCGUGCAGGAGUUCGUGCGGGGCCACUUCUACGGGCACCUGGAUUUCGACUUGGACAAGACGCUUUUCUUCUUCAUCGCCGGCCGCUACGAGUUCUCCAACAAGGGCGCCGACAUUUUCCUGGAGGCGCUGGCCCGGCUCAACUACCUGCUCCGGGUGAAUGGCAGCGAGGUGACCGUGGUGGCAUUUUUCAUCAUGCCCGCCAGGACCAACAACUUCAACGUGGAGUCGCUCAAGGGCCAGGCCGUGCGCAAGCAGCUCUGGGACACGGCCAACGCCGUGAAGGAGAAAUUCGGGAAGAAGCUCUACGAGUCUCUGCUGGUGGGGAACCUCCCGGACAUGAACAAGAUGCUGGACAGGGAGGAUUUCACCAUGAUGAAGAGAGCCAUCUUCGCCACCCAGCGUCAGUCCUUCCCCCCCGUGUGCACCCACAACAUGCUGGACGACGCCACCGACCCCAUCCUGACCACGAUCCGCAGGAUCGGCCUCUUCAACAGCAGCAACGACCGCGUCAAGAUCAUCUUCCACCCCGAGUUCCUGUCCUCCACCAGCCCCCUGCUCCCGGUGGACUACGAGGAGUUCGUCCGCGGUUGCCACCUGGGCGUCUUCCCCUCCUACUACGAGCCCUGGGGCUACACCCCAGCCGAGUGCACGGUCAUGGGCAUCCCCAGCGUCUCCACCAACCUCUCGGGCUUCGGCUGCUUCAUGGAGGAGCACAUCGCCGACCCCUCGGCCUACGGUCAGCGGCGGGGACCCCGAAAAUGGGGGAGCACCCCGAAAUAUGGGGGGGACCCCAAAAUAUGGGGGGGCACCCCGAAAUAUGGGGGGGACCCCAAAAUAUGGGGGGGACCCAAAAUUAUGAGGGGUGGGUACAAAAUCCAGGGGGUGUCCAACGUCUUGGUGCCCAACCAGACGUUCUCCGAGGCGGUGUCACCAUGUCACUGUCACUGUGUCCCCGUGUCCCCGCAGGUGUCCAACGUCUCGGUGCCCAACCAGACGUUCACCGUGUCCCUGUCACCCGGGGCGUCGGAGGGCGACGGGGGGGAGCUGCUUUUGGGGGGCAUCGACGAGCGGCUCUUCGAGGGACCCCUGCACUACAUCCCCGUGACCCGAAAGAGCUACUGGCAGUACCUGCUGGACUGUGACAAGGUCGCGUCCCUGCCCAACGUCACCUUCGUGCUGGCGGGGACGACGUUCACGCUGAGCCCCCAGGAGUACGUGCUCAAGGUGUCCCAGCUGGGGACCCCCACGUGCAUCAGCGGCUUCAUGGGCCUGGACAUCCCGCGGCCCUCGGGGCCGCUCUGGAUCCUCGGGGACGUUUUCCUGGCCGUGCACUACGCCGUCUUCGACCGCGACCGCGACCGCGUGGGGCUGGCCCGCAGCCGCCGGCACCCCGGGGACCCCUGA